AUGGCGCGCGCGGUGGGGCCCGAGCGGAGGCUGCUGGCCGUCUACACCGGCGGCACCAUCGGCAUGCGGAGCGAGCUGGGCGUGCUCGUGCCUGGGACGGGCCUGGCUGCCACCCUGAGGACGCUGCCCAUGUUCCAUGAUGAGGAGCACGCCCGAGCCCUCGGCCUCCCUGAGGACACCCUGGUGCUGCCCCCGGCCAGCCCCAACCAGAGGAUCCUCUACACCGUGCUGGAGUGCCAGCCCCUCUUCGACUCCAGUGACAUGACCAUCGCUGAGUGGGUUCGCGUUGCCCAGACCAUCGAGAGGCACUAUGAGCAGUACCACGGCUUCGUGGUCAUCCACGGCACGGAAUCCGUGCUGUCUUUCAUGCUGGAGAACCUGCAGAAGACCGUCAUCCUCACCGUGGCCCAGGUGCCCAUCCACGCCCUGUGGAGCGAUGGCCGUGAGAACCUGCUGGGCGCACUGCUCAUGGCCGGCCAGUAUGUGAUUCCAUAGGUCUGCCUCUUCUUCCAGAAUCAGCUGUUUCGGGGCAACCGGACAACCAAGGUGGACGCUCGGAGGUUUGCGGCCUUCUGCUCCCCGAACCUGCCACCUCUGGCCACUGUGGGUGCUGAUGUCACAAGGAGUGUGAGGCCAGUACACAUCAGCGUGUCGGACGCGUCACAGCGCCGGGUCUCAGGGGCCUGGGCCAGGGCCCACUUGUUCACUGAGGGCCAGGGCAGCCCACAAGGCUUCUUGGAGGAGGUGGCUUGUGAGCUGGUGCUGGUGGGGUGCUUGCUUACUUGCCCAUGCUGGAUGAAGGCCCUCUGUAGCCACAGCGCUUUAUUGACGGCAGCAGGGCCUGUCUUCCCCGCUACCGAUGCCUCAUCUGCUGAGACGCGCGACCUUGGAAAGUCCUUUUAUCUCAUGCAAGCUGCUCUGGCAGAAGGGCCGGAGACGUGGGUGGGCAUCCACCUGUGGGCGGGGGAAGAGCCCUGUGCGGGGAUCCUGCUGCCCAGGUUCCUGUGCCGGCACUGUGCCGGGCACUCCAGGUGCCCAGGCCCUUCCCCACCCCAGGUCUCGUUUCUCUGGGCUGGGCUCUCAGGCCUCCAGGAUGCUGACUGCCCUGGGCAGGCUCUGACGCCCCUCAGUGCGGUGGGAGUCCUGGUGUCCAGCCCUGCUCAGAGGGAGGUUUCUUGGAGUGGGAAGGUCGGGAGAGCCCUGGGGGUCAAGUGCUGCCAGAGCGGCGGCCUUCAGCUCAAGGACAGGCGGGCCCUCGGGGAGCUCCUCUGCAUCGCCGGGUUUGAGGGGCACUGGCCCUAUCCUUCAGGGAGCGGGCAGGGCUGGUAUGCGGCUCAUAGCCGGACCAACGGGUCCUCCAUGCAGGCCUGGUGGCAGCUCCUCCCCCAGAUUCCAGCUGGCUCGGCCCCGCUGCUGUGCUGGGCAGGGGUGUUAGCACUGGGGCCUCUGGUGGCCUUCUCAGCUCCUCUCCCACCUCUCAGAUGUUUCCGCGGUGUUCUGCCACAGAAGGCCUUCGUCCGCACAGAUAGGGCAGCCCUUUGGGAGAAUGUUCGGGCGUUCCUGCAGCCUCCCAUGAAGGGCGUCGUCAUGGAGACCUUCGGCUCAGGGAACGGACCCAGCAAGCCCGACCUGCUUCAGGAGCUGAGGGUGGCGACCGGGCGCGGCCUGGUCAUUGUCAAUUGUACCCACUGCCUCCAAGGGACUGUGACCGUGGACUAUGCCGCGGGCAUGGCCAUGGUGGGGGCUGGCGUCAUCUCAGGCUUCGACAUGACGUCAGAGGCUGCCCUGGCCAAGCUGUCGUAUGUGCUGGGCCAGCCGGGACUGAGCCUGGAUGACAGGAAGGAGCUGCUGGCCAAAGACCUUCGUGGGGAGAUGACACCACCCUCGGCGGAGGAGCGCUGGCCCUCACUGCAGGGCACCACGCUGGGCUGUGGGGUCUCCUGGCUCCUCAGUCUGAGUGGUGGCCAGGAGGCGGAUGCCCUGCGGAGCGCCCUGAUACCCAGCCUGGCCUGUGCUGCCGCCCGAGCCGGUGACCUGGAGGUGCUGCAGGCACUGGGGGAGCUGGGCAGUGACCUGAGCCUGGUGGACUUUAAUGGCCAAACCCCACUGCAUGCGGCUGCCCGGGGAGGGCGCACAGAGGCCGUCGCCAUACUGCUGCAGGGAGGUGUGGAUGUGAACGCCCGGGACACGGAUGGCCUCAGCCCGAUGCUGCUGGCUGUUCGGGGCAGGCAUCCGGGCGUCGUGGGGUUGCUGCGGGCGGCCGGGGCCUCCCUGUCUGCCCAGGAGCUGGAGGAGGCAGGGACGGAGCUAUGCAGGCUGGCAUCCAGGGCUGACCUCAAAGGCCUGGAGGUGUGGUGGCAGGCAGGGGCUGACCUGGGGCAGCCGGGUUAUGACGGGCACAGCGCCCUGCAUGUCGCGGAGGCAGCUGGAAACCUGGCGGUGGUGGCCUUUCUACAGAGUCUGGAGGGUGCGGUCAGUGCCCAGGCCCCAGGCCCGGAAGUGCUGCCUGGUGUCUAA